UUAUCACAAGAUUAUAUCCCAAAUUCUUACUUCUCUCAACCAUCUCAAAGAACCCUCUCCAAACAUCCCCUCAGUUCAAACCCAAUCCACAAACAUAUCCCCAAACAUGAAAAGCUCCCCCAACCUCCCCAUCCGCAUCCUCACGCACAACAUCCGCUACGCCACCACCUCCCCCUUCCCAGGUGAAGAACUCUGGCCCAUCCGCCUACCACGCCUCCUCAACGAACUCCGCUACACCACCCUCUACAACCCCGAAGCCUUCAUCUGCCUGCAGGAAGUCCUCCACCCCCAACUCCUCGAUAUCCUAACAAACCUUAACGCCAACAACACCUCUAACCCCAACCCCAACCCCAACCCCAAUCCCGAAGCACCCCAGGAAUGGUCCUACAUCGGCGUCGCCCGCGACGACGGCCAUCAGGCUGGCGAGUACAGCCCGGUCCUCUACCGCCCCGCCGUCUGGUCUUUGCUCCACUUCCGCACCGUCUGGCUCUCGCCGACGCCCGACGUGCCCUCGAAGGGGUGGGACGCCGCCAGCAUCCGGCUCCUGACCAUCGGUGUCUUCAAGCACCGCGCGAGCAAACAGCAAGUUGUGGCGCUGAACACGCAUCUGGACGACCAAGGCUCUGUGUCCAGAUUGCGCGGCGCGGAGAUGAUCGUUGCGGAGAUUGAGCGCCUGGCCGGGCCUUCUUUUUCUUCUCCGGCCUUUUCCGCGGGCACCACGCUGCCCGUGUUCCUGGCCGGCGAUCUCAACAGCGAGCCGGCGCAGGAGGCGUAUGAGGUGCUGAACGGUGCUGCUUCGCCCGUUCAGGACGCGCUGGGACUGGCGGGGGGCAGGGUGUAUGGGCAUGGGAAUACGUUUACGGGGUUUGUCCCCGAGGAGGAGGGGGAGGCUGCGAAGCGGAUUGAUUUUUUGUUUGUGGGGAGAGAGGGGUGGCGGGUUAGGGGGUUAGCGGGGUUGGAGAGUCGGUUUGAGGAUGGGGUGUUUGUGAGUGACCAUCGGGCGGUUGUGGGGGAUUUUGUGGUUGGGGGGUAA